AUGAAGGAUUAUGAUGAACUUCUCAAAUACUAUGAAUUAUAUGAAACUAUUGGGACAGGUGGCUUUGCAAAGGUCAAACUUGCCCGCCAUAUCCUCACUGGAGAAAUGGUCGCUAUAAAAAUCAUGGAUAAAAAUGCACUAGGGAGUGAUUUGCCCCGGAUCAAAACAGAGAUUGAUGCCCUGAAGAACCUGAGACAUCAGCAUAUAUGUCAACUCUACCAUGUGUUAGAGACAGCCAACAAAAUAUUCAUAGUUCUGGAGUAUUGCCCUGGAGGAGAGCUGUUUGACUACAUAAUUUCCCAGGAUCGCCUGUCGGAGGAGGAGACCCGAGUUGUCUUCCGUCAGAUCGUCUCUGCAGUUGCUUACGUGCACAGCCAGGGCUAUGCUCACAGGGAUCUCAAACCAGAAAAUUUGUUAUUUGAUGAAUAUCAUAAAGUAAAGCUGAUUGACUUUGGUCUCUGUGGGAAACCCAAGGGUAACAAGGAUUACCAUCUACAGACAUGCUGUGGGAGUCUUGCUUAUGCAGCGCCCGAAUUAAUACAAGGCAAAUCGUAUCUGGGAUCAGAGGCAGAUGUUUGGAGCAUGGGCAUACUCUUUUAUGUGCUUAUGUGUGGCUUUCUACCAUUUGAUGAUGAUAAUGUUAUGGUUUUAUACAAGAAGAUUAUGAGAGGUAAAUAUGAGGUUCCUAAGUGGCUCUCUCCCAGUAGCACUCUGCUUCUUCAACAAAUGCUACAGGUGGACCCAAAGAAACGGAUUUCUGUGAAAAAUCUAUUGAGCCAUCCCUGGGUCAUGCAAGAUUACAACUGUCCUGUUGAGUGGCAAAGCAAGAAUCCUCUUAUUCACCUUGACGAAGAUUGUGUAACGGAACUUUCUGUACAUCACAGAAAUAACAGGCAAACAAUGGAGGAUUUAAUUUCAUUGUGGCAAUAUGAUCAUCUGACAGCGACCUAUCUUCUGCUUCUAGCCAAGAAGGCUCGGGGAAAACCAGUUCGUUUAAGGCUUCCUUCUUUUUCCUGUGGACAAGCCAGUGGCACCCCAUUCACAAACAUUGAGUCAAAGAACCUGAGUCUAGAAGAUGUGGCCACAAGUGAUGAAAAUUAUGUGGCUGGAUUAAUAGACUAUGAAUGGUGCGAGGACAAUUUAUCAACAGGUGUGACUACUCCCCAAACACCACAGUUUGCCAAGCAUUGGACAGAAUCAAAUUGUCUGGACUCUCAAUCAUUAACUCCAGGUUUAUGCAGAGCAUCUGCCAAUAAAUUAAAGAACAAAGAGAAUAUAUAUACUCCUAAGUCCUCUGUAAAGAAUGAAGAGUGCUUUGUACUUCCAGAGCCAAAGACUCCAGUUAAUAAGAACCAGCAUAAAAGAGAAAUACUCACUACACCAAAUCAUUACACUACACCCUCAAAAGUCAGAAACCAGCGCCCAAAGGAAACCCCAACUAAAACGCCAGUAAAUUCUGCAGGAACAGGUGUCAUUAGCCCUGAGAGGCGGUGUCGCUCAGUGGAACUGGAUAUCAACCAAGCACAUGUAGAGGACACUCCCAAAAGAAAAGGAACCAAAGUGUUCGGCAGCCUGGAAAGGGGAUUGGAUAAGGUUAUCACUGCGCUCAGCAGGAGCAAAAGGAAGGGCUCUACCAAAGGUGGGCCAAGAAGACUAAAGCUUCACUACAAUGUCACUACAACCAAACUAGUGAAUCCGGAUCAACUCUUGAAUGAAAUAAUGUCUGUUCUUCCAAAGAAGCAUGUUGAUUUUGUGCAAAAGGGCUAUACACUGAAGUGUCAAACACAGUCAGAUUUUGGCAAAGUGACAAUGCAGUUUGAACUAGAAGUAUGCCAGCUUCAAAAACCUGAUGUGGUGGGUAUCAGGAGGCAGCGGCUUAAGGGUGAUGCCUGGGUUUACAAGAGAUUAGUGGAAGACAUCCUGUCCAGCUGCAAGGUGUGA